CAUAUGGAAUUUGAGGGGCAAGAGAAAAACUUGGGGCCAGUUUCUUUUGUGGCAAAUUGCCCUGAAGUAAUGCCACCAUCUAAUAUGCAUUACAUAGAAGGGAAUGACGUCAUGCUCAAAGGUUCUGUUCCUUCUUGUGAGACACCAACAUUGGAAAAGGAUGAGUAUUACCAGAAAUACGAAAUUUCAAGUCAUCCAAAAUCAAGAGAGAACCUGACUUCUGUUGAAGAAGGCAAAAGUCAAGGAUUGGAUGUUGAUAUUGAAAAUGCUGGAUCCCUUCUACAGAGGAAAACCAUUGGACAAUAUGGUGAACCAAGUUGCAAUAGCAAAGCUAAUUUAUCUGGUGAUAAUGAUAGUGAUUCUAUAGCCACCAAGACAUCUAAUGAUACUGGAAAAGAUAUGGUCAUUGACUGCGUACCAAGAGAUUGCCUUGUUGAGGAUGUUGAUAGUGGUAGGAGUUCUAAGAACAAAACCAUGCAGUCGGAGAUGGAGUUAAGGGAUGAUGUGAAACAAAUGACAUCAAGGAGGACCAGAAGUCUGUCUCCCAGUGCCAAGACCAAAGACGGAAACAAACGUGCUAAAAUUAUAUGUGAUUUUUUUGCUAAAGGAUGGUGUAUCAGAGGUAGUUCUUGUAGCUUUCUUCAUAUAGAAGAUACUGUGAAUAAUUCUGACCAGGAGGCUGAAGAAGACUUAGUUACGACACAUCAGAAGCGAGAACUGAAAGUGGAAGAAGGUGUUAGGGAAAAUGUUGAGAGAUCAAGAAUGAAUGAGCAAGAAGCAAGCCCUAGUUGUUAUCCAUCUCAAGAAAAACAGAACUUUCUGCUGAGGGACAACUUGUUUCCAGAAAAUAGAUUUGCAUUUAGUGCAUCAAACAAUUAUUUCAGCCCAAAUCUUUCUUCAAAUCCAGCCCAUGCAGAUGGAAUGAAUACUAUUGGGAACCAACAUAUGUACAAAGGAUAUACUUCCUCAAUUUUGAGUCAUUCAUCAAACUCAAGCUUGGUUACUCAAUUUCCAGCUAUAAGCAUGCCGCUCUCUCAUCGAAUUUCAGCCCAAUCAGGAUGUUCAUUGCCUUUUAGUUCAUCUUUUACUUUGGAUUCUCAAAAGCUUUUGAACAAGGACAAAGAAUAUCUUACCACUAAGUCCACUUUCUCUGGUUCAGGGCGGGAGGAUUUGUCUCUAGUUAGUUCAUCUAGGGUUGCUCCAUAUUCUAGUGGAUAUAAAUCAAAAAUCUGUUCUUAUGAUUGGGACCCUUCUGUUCCAUUUCGACCAUCCUUUUUUAUUACUUCUAUGAAUGUAUCAACCCCUGGAGAUCUUUAUGACCCUCUUCGUGAUAGCAUUGAGAUACCUAAUAUAGGAGAUGGGUCUUUGAAGGCUUCCCUUUUGGUUCAUGGAUCAACUGUACAGGCUUCAUCACAGGUUCAAACAUGUGGUGAUUCCGCUGUUGUUGGGAAACACAUGUCCGAUCUUAAUGAUGACAAAAGUUCUGUAUCUUCUCAUAAUAGAUUUUGUGAAAAUGGGCCAAACAAAAAUUGUGUUCCUCAUGAAAAUGAUUGUCAUGUACCUGAAACAGAGAUAACAUCGGGAAGUUACUUAAACUAUCAUCCAAAUGGUAAAAUGAGCAUGGGACAACAUACCUUUGAUGUCGAAGAUAGUACAAAAAAAGACAUAGAAACAACUGAGCGUGAUGCUAGACAUCAUGGUGAAGGAUCAGGGCACAAAAAGAAGAGAGUAGAUAGGGACAAGAAAAAUCAUGAAAUGGAUGUUGACUUUCAAAUGGAUGACAGCAUGCAGAAGGAAUCAAAGGCACUAAGAAAUUUCCGAGCAACUCUGGUUGAUCUUGUGAAGGAGUUGUUAAAGCCAGCUUGGCAUGAGGGUCGUCUCAGCAAGGAUGCACAUAUUAUGAUAGUAAAAAAAUCAGUUGACAAAGUUGUUAGCACCUUAGAGCCCCACCAGAUUCCAACCAGCAUAGAUACUGCUAAGCAGUAUGUUUCUUCAUGUCGGGUGAAAAUUACAAAACUGGUCAAUGGAUAUGUGAAUAAAUAUUGCAAAUCUUGAUAUGCAAGCCAAACGCCUUUUUUGUACAGUUUCUGCCUAGUUGGUUGAUCCUAAUUCAUGAAAAGUUGUCUGAGGCUCUGUUUCAUAGUCAAGGUUGAUUUGGAAUGUUUUUAAUUCUCUUUCAGAAUGUUUGCUUCAUGUUUUGUGUAUGCCUUCUCUUGCUCAUUCCAUUCUGGAGUAAACUUGCAUAAAUUGCAUGGUUUAUGAAGAUACCUUAUUUUCAUUAAUUUGCAUAAUUACAUUUAAUUGUUUAGCAGCAAUAUUUGGGGAAAUUUUCAAGCAUCUGAAAAUUAUGAGUAGCUACUUGGAAAGACUGGUGGGAUGCAUUCAGUUUUUGUUUUCAUGUGUCUGAAAAUAGGGAAAUUAUUGUAAAUAUAAUGUCCAGUACUAUAGAAUUUAACAAUUGCUGACAUUUCAAGAGACUAGAGUCUUAGAAGUUGCAAUUUGUCGAAUAGGUUUUUUAAUGUCCCAAAUGUCAAUCUUAGCGAUCCUAUUUUUCUAUUUUCAUUUGGGUUUUUUGUCAUGAUUAUUAUUGACUAUGGAGAAAACUUUGCAAAUAGCUGCAAGUUGGAAGUCCCCCAAGUAACAAGAUGUAUAGUCAUAUUAUUUUGUUCAUCAUAGUUUUUAGCUAUGAAUUUCAGCUUCCAAUCUUCAUGGAUGACAUAUUUGUGUUACUCUUCAACCCUGGACUAUGCUAAUGUCAGGAGAAAUUCAGAACUUUAUUCAGUGAGGUACUUGUCUCAUUUUACUUAAUCAGCAAUAGUACUUUGUUCCAUCAUUUACACCUAUGCCUAUGUAAAUAUGUCAUUUUUUCAUUAAGACUUGAUUCAGUAUUUUUUUUGGUCUGUAGCAUGUAUCAAUGGUUUCUUCAUCCCUUCUUUCUUGCGCUUGGUCAUUGGUG